AUGUGGCUCUGUAAGCAGAGCAAGGUCUAUCUCCUAUACCUCCCGCCUCACGCAUCACACAUCCUCCAGCCGCUAGAUCUAGCUCCAUUCUCAGUACUCAAAUCUCGUUACCGUAGCGGGAUCCGAGCCCUCUCAGCACUUGAUGACGCAGCACCUAUUAAGAAGGAGCGCUUUGUCACAUUAUACAAUAAGGCAAGAGAUAAGGGACUAUCUAAGAGAGUCAUACAAGCUGGGUGGAAGGCUGCUGGCCUCUGCCUAUACAACCCAGACCUUGUACUGCUCUCAUCUCAAGUAUCAGGCCGGCCUAUCACUCCUCCACCAUCUACUCAAGCCUUAGAUAACGUGUUUGCCACGCCUUAG